UGGCCAGGCAGGAAGGCAGAGAGGGGCACUGUCUGGGGUGGCAUGGCCAGAGUAGCAAGUGAGAACGUGGAGGUAGAGUGGGGCAUGGCCUAGAGGCGAGGGGCGUGGCCCUGGUCGUGGAAUAUGACUAGGAGGUGUGGCUACGAUGGCCAAGUUUGCGAGCAGGGGUCCUGGGACUAAGGUUCGUGCUUUUGGGAAAACGCUCAGCACCCAACACAGUGCCUGGAGCAAACAGAAUGAAAAUAUAUGUUUAAAUGAAAACGAUUACUGACAGAAUUCCCAGCACUGUGAGACCAGGUUCCUGCAAGUUCUUUGCAAACUGAGAAGACUUGGGGCCAAAGACUGUGGUGAUGAAUAGCCUAAGGGUCAUUCUCCAAGCCUCUUUAUGCAACCCUCCAUGGAGAAGAUUCCAGAUUCCCAGGACCAUGCCAGUAAGGCCCUGCAGCCUCUACACCUGCACUUACAAAACCCGGAACCGAGCCUUGCACCCACUCUGGGAGAGAAUGGACCUGGUCCCAGGGGGUGAGCGCCAGUCUCCCAUCAACAUCCGGUGGAGGGACAGUGUCUAUGAUCCUGACUUAAAACCGCUCAUCAUCUCUUAUGACCCGACCACCUGCCUACACAUCUGGAAUAACGGAUACUCUUUCCUUGUGGAAUUUGAAGAUUCUACAGAUAAAUCAGUGAUCACGGGAGGACCCCUGGAACAUAACUACCGAUUGAAGCAGUUCCAUUUUCACUGGGGGGCUAUCGAUGCCUGGGGCUCCGAGCAUACUGUGGACAGCAAAUGUUACCCAGCAGAGCUGCACCUGGUACACUGGAAUGCAGUCAAAUUUGAAAGCUUUGAGGAUGCAGCACUGGAAGAAAAUGGGUUAGCUGUGAUAGGAGUAUUUUUAAAGCUAGGGAGAAAUCAUAAAGAGCUACAGAAAUUGGUGGAUACAUUCCCAUCAAUUAAGCAUAAGGACACCCUAGUGGAAUUUGGGUCAUUCGACCCUGCCUGCUUGAUGCCCACCUGCCCGGAUUACUGGACCUACUCGGGAUCCCUGACUACCCCACCACUCUCUGAGUCUGUCACCUGGAUCAUUAAGAAGCAGCCUGUAGAGGUUGAUCAUGAUCAGCUUGAGCAAUUUCGUACCCUGCUUUUCACUUCUGAGGGGGAGAAAGAAAAAAGAAUGGUGGACAACUUCCGCCCCCUCCAGCCCCUCAUGAAUCGCACUGUCCGCUCAUCCUUCCGUCAUGAUUAUGUCCUUAAUAUACAAUCGAAAUCCAAGCCGUCGACCAGCCAAGCAAGCCCCUAAGACGCCCAUACCUACGUGGUGUUUUGCUUUAAUACAUAAUAGGUUUUUAAAAAGUGUUAACUAAGACUAUUCUAAACACCUGCAUUUAAUACCGAUUAUAGAUGUACAUUUCUUGGUCUGGCAGUGCUCCUUCAGUCUUUUAUUGAUAAUGAUGUUUAUCACUGAAAUAGUAGCAAGAGACACAAGUUGCUCUUAGAACAACCUGUCAGCUAUUAUAAUAUCUUUUUAUGUCUGACAUUUUUUAACUGUCUUUGUAUGUUUAUCAGUUAGUGGUUAUAUAAGUAGAUAUAAAGAUGUAAGUAGGUAAUCAAAAUAUUUAACCACUGGGAAGGCAUAGCUGACUAUCCAGAAUGCAGACCUUUCAGAAACAGCCACAGGGCCCAGACUGGUACUUUCUGGCUGGACACUGGCCUUGAUUUUAUGUACAUUUUAUUUCAAAACGCAGAUGAGUUUUCUUUCAUAAGGCCCUCUCAAUUUGCAUAUUUGCCCUGACCUUUAGUUAUCAUACUAGUACAUGAUAUGAUUGCUUACUUACUAUCCAUUUGUGAUACAGAAAAAAAUAUUUUGUAAUCCUAGGAAAACAAGGAUUUAUUGAUAGCUGGAAAUCCUUUUGUAUUUCUGAAGAUCAGGUAGUUUACUUAAAGGCUUGAUCAUAUGGAAAGCAUAUGCAGGACAGAACAUUUUUAAAGAAAAUGCUUGAAUUGCCUAGAACUGAACAUUAUUUCAUGAUAUAUUUACAGAAGUAUUUUUCAAAUGACUAGUAAUAUAAUAAUCUGUAGUUUAUAAUAUUAUUUUGCAUUAUUUGUACACUGUUUCAUAACUAUGAUAAUAUUUUCCACAAUAACAAAACUAUCUUGGCUUCCCUUUAAA